UCGACUGGCCAGGAGCAAAAUGCCCAUUGGCGCAAUAUGGAGGGGACGGAUGCGUCCUAAAAAAAGGGGGGACAACGGAUAGAGACGAAAGAGCCAUGUGGGCGUCAGUUGCUGCAUCACCUCGCCUUCUUCGCACAAACGAACACAACGAGCCAUGAAGUGAAUCACUGCCUGCGCGUCUUAGUCCUCGAGUUUGCGAUCCCUGCGAAGCCCUGGUCAGUUCAUCGAGCUACCGAAAUCUGCACUGCUGCGACGGUUGCAUGAGGUGAUCGAGAAGGUGAGGAAGUGUACGGGGUUUUAAGUCAAUGCAGUGUGUAGUCGCAUCUCCCAAGCUCUGGCUAUGGCCGGGCGCUGUGGCCGCGAGGGUCAAGAGUGGAGGAGGCAGUGGUUGUAGCAGAUUCGGGUCGAAGAAGCUGAAGGAUGGUAGCAUCAGCUCUGGCCUGGGGUUUUCUGGCAGCGGUGUGCUCGGGGGAGCGGCUGAGAUCGGGGAGCUGACGAUCUGGAAGCAGGAUGCUGUUGUGGGUUCUGCCCCUUCCUGCAAGCGCGCGACGGUCCAUGCGUCCUUGAUGGUGGAUCCUGCCGUGUCUCUCGUUCGUGUCCUCGUGUUCUAUGUCCUGCUCCAGACGGGCAUCGCAGGCCGUGGUCGAGCGAGCAUCCAAUCCUCCGCCGAUGACAUUUUUGUGGAGGAGCACACUGCUGAGGACAGUGGGCCGUUUGCAUGGGUGCAGAGUCUUCUUUCCAACAAUACGGAGGAGAAGAAGAACAAGGAACUCGCUAAGGUGAGAGCAAAAUGGCAUGCCAGCACCAAAGGCACUCUGGUCAGGCGCUAUCGAGUGCCUACAAAGACCGGUGGAAAGAAACUUCUGGCCGCCAUCAUGCAACUGCUGUCCGAUGAUGACACCUUUAGAGACGUAGCAACUCACAAGGGCUGCCAAAUCAGGCGUGAAAAUGCACAUGCAGAAAGUGUGUGCUGCCACAAUGUGAGAGCUUUAUUCGACGAACUUCCCACCCCACAUCUCGUGGUGGAGAUCACAGUGUUUCCUGCAGGACCAAUCACAGCUGCUCACUAUGAGAAGGCUGAUAAGAUCGAGAAGGUCCUGAAGACUGGAGUGUCCAUUUGAUGCUCGUUCCUUUUCCAUUCCGAAGACUUGUGAAGAAACAUUGUUGCUCUAUUAUCAAAUUUGAACCUCGAAGGUUCAACUGUACAUUUUACCAGAUGUUUAUAAACUUUCCAACUUUGCUUUCUGCCCGAUUGAUGAAAUAAUUACAAAUCUAUUUGUC